AAGUGCCGAGGCACCGUACAUCAAACAACAAUACUGGUAAGUGUAUCGGGCCUUUAAAUCUGUCACAAUGUCAUCCGUGGCUGUAUACUCGCGAGUCUAUGCCCGAGCAACAUAAACAAAUUUAUGACAUAAGAAAAAAAAACAUUGCAUUGUGUUUUAUUGAUUUUCCGUCGCCGAACUCUGGAAUUCCAGCGGAAUAGCCCAGUUUUCCCUUGUAAUUUAAUAUUAACGCACAAGCUAUCUAGUUAUAAGAGAAAAGGUUUUCAGGAGCCGCCAAUUGCUCUAAUACGUCGUCCCUUUUACCUGUUUGCCGAGGCGUAACGCUGCCUGGUUGCAAACAGAAUUUAUUAACUCUACUUUUCUUGAAAAAUAUAUUGUUGUAAGUGAAAAUGAGCACUACAGCAUUGCAGGAGUCUGCUGUUAAGGAGAGUUUGUUUCAAUUUAUUACUAAAAACGUCCCCUCGGCGGACUUAAACGUAAUUGACGAUAUAGUGCUGUCUUAUGUGAUUUCUUUCGUGGAGGAAUCUUCGCAGGAUCCCUGCUUCGAUGUUGAAGGGUUCAUAGAGAUGAUGGCGGCGUACGUCCCGCAGUUCGCCAACAUUGAUGUGGAGCGCGUAUGCUCCUGGGUUGUGGACCUGGAGGCCCUGCUCACGAGCGAGGAGAGCGACCCUCCGUCUAGCCAUGAGGAGUCGUCAAGCAGCAGCGACAAGCUGACGAUGACUCUUCACACUCUGAGCGAAAUGCUGCCCACGGCCACCAAGCCCAGCCGCUCUCAUUCGAACUCCGAGAGCUCCGAGGAGGCCGAACGUCAACGAAGCCUGCUGGAGGCCGAGGAUCUGCCUAUGCUCGCUGCCCAAUGCGCCGUGCUGCAUGAGAUGUUCCCUAACACCUGCGCUAUGGAGAUAAAGCACUGCGUGUCCAUCGCUUGCGGCGACGUGGAGCGCGCGGCGGCCACGCUGCUGCACCGCCGCGAGCAGGGCCAGGCGCUGUCGGCCGCCGCGCUGGCCCACGCCAGCAAGACGCCGCUCUGCGACGACUCGGAGCUCAAGAACCGUAUCAUUGCUCGCUAUUCGUACGUGGACAAGAACUCUGACACGAAGGAGCACAAGCCGCUCGCGCCCAAGAUGGAGCCGAAGAAGAUGGUCCGCUACCGCGACAACAAGAUCGUGUCGCUCAAGGGCGAGCGGUACACUGAGGUACCAAGGUCCGGUGUCGACGAGGAAAACUUGAAAAAGCCCAAAAAACAGCAUUGCCCUUAACCAUUAAAACCACAUCAGUACCGGGCCUGCCCUGCCCCCGGCCCACGCGGCCCUAGCUUCCCCUUCAUGUGUAGCGUUCAUUACCUCCCCGUACUGAUUUUGGUUUUGAUGAUUUUAGUGCUUAAGUUGAUUAUUACGCUCUCUCUUAACAGUAUUAUUUCAAAUAGGUCUUUUAUUAGUGAGUGUUGCGAAUCGCGAUGGGGUCUGACGCGCGGUCGGUUAAGAUUUUUAAAUGGUUUUAGUGUAUAGUUUGUGUGUGCGGGUUGACGUCGAAAUGUGGAUCAAUGUGGUCAAUUAUUGUAAUUUUAUGGAGACUAAAAUACGUGACGUAUUUUAGUACGUAUUUCAAUAAAAUCUCGUAUCGCCAUUUUAAAAGAUUAUGAUGCAUAUUUGCAUCAAAAUCGACAUAUUUUCACCUCUUGGGUCUUAAAGGUUGGAUGGUAUGGAUCAGUGUUGGCCGAACGUUAAUUAGAAUUUGAAAAUACUAAACAUUAACCAUUACAAAUUGAACCGUAAACCGUAACGGACGGUUACAGUUUACGGUUCAAUUUGUAAUGGUUAUUUUUUAGUAUUUUCAAUUCUAAUUAACGUUCGGCCAACACUGGUAUGGACAUUUGGGAUUAGGUGUCUGAGCGGACGUUAAGUUUCUUCAGAUGAUAGAUGGAAAAGCAUAUAUAUGAAGACAAUCCUAAUUAUAGCCUGACCAGUAAUAUAUGAUAAUUGUCAAGAGGACGCUGUUAUUCUCAUGUAUAGGGUGACAGUCCAGUUUAGUAUGAAAAAUUUAGUCCCAAUGAAAUUCCGCUAAAUGGCGCGUGAUUAUAUAUUACUGGUCAGGCUUUAAAUAAACUAUUUCCCGCUUGAAAUGUUUGACAUUUUAUACAAACGAAAUUUAUAUGGGACCAUCCUAGAUUAUUUAUUAUUUGAAAUUCUACUUGGCCGCCCAUGUAAAUUAAUUAAAAAAAUCGACGUUUGUCCAUUGAUAGUCACAUUAUUGAGUAAUAAAUACUUAAUAAAGAGAAAGUUUAUGGUAUUUAUGGUAUGUUUUAGAGGCUUUUAUUAUUUUUACACGGGUUUUUUUAUUGUAAAUGCAUUAGAAACCAAGGCUCGGAAACCGAUUUAAUUUCCAAACCAUUAUUAUGUAGUUGGCGCAAAACUUUUAGUUUCUGUUGGUUUCGUAAAACCGUUAAUUUGAAACCGGUUUUUAGAAGAACAUUUCCAUAAAGUUCUUGUCAGGUUUAGAACAAUAAAAACCGGUUUCAUCCUAUGUCGGUAUCUUUGUUUACGCGGCACACCACCAGGCCGGCCGGCUGUCUCGUCGCUCGUCGAAUAAACCGGUUUAUUCAAGUUACAAUAAUGUUUUUGAAACGUUCGCGUUCUAAUGAAAGUUCGGAGUAAAACCGAAAUAAACCGGUAUUUACCGCCGAUUCCGAACUUUGUUAGAAACAAUUCCUAAUCAUUUGUAAAGUUGAUUUAUGUCUCAUUAAUAUAACCCAUUUUUCCAACAGUAGACUCAAACGAUCCCAUUUCGAUAUUUACCCGCAUAUCAAACUAGUUUAAUAGAUAUUCAAUUGUUUUCUAUUUAAAGAAAUUUCUUAAAAAGAAAUGAACUUAGGCGCUUUAAGAGUUGGCCAAAAAUAUGCUAGUCUGAUUAUCGGCCGCCUCUAGGUGGCCUGUGAUGUUUUAGAUUCGUUUUAAGCUGGGUUCUAUUUUAUAUGUAAUGAGGAGCAAAUCUAGAGUUCAGUUUAAAAAAGAAACCUUAAAUCGUCGCAUGAAAAGUCAAAGUACUCUGUCAAAAAUUCUGACUUUGAUUUCUCCUUGACUUUUAUGCCUACCUUGAAGUUGAUCCCUUGUUGAUAUUUGAUCCUCACAAAAAGUUGAAACAUUUGAAACCAUGAUUAAAAUUUCACUAAAUUUCGAGAUCGCUAUUUGGGUCAAAAUUAUUUCCGUUGUCCUGUUUUGCCCCAAAAAAAAGUUGACGGAGUGUAGCUUUUUGUAUGAGAUGAAAUUUAUUUUUGAAUUUUUCUCAUGUAAAUUAUAACAUACAGCUAGAAAGACAUACAGCACUCGACUUUUAUUUAUUUAUUUGAUAGACGACACAAAUACAAGCAUGACAGAGUGGUCAGAAACAAGACAACGAAAAAUUUUUGACCCAUUUACUCUUCGUAGAUUUUUAUUAAUUACUCGUUUCUUUAUACGUUUUUGAAUAAGGUAAUAUCUUGAUUUGCUCUUCAUUGUAUAUAAACACCAGCGUGAUUUAUUUAUUUAUAUUAGAACUAUAAUGUUAUGGGUGAUGCGCGUAUGACUUUAAUAUUUAUUUUUUAUUUAUGUAGUUUCGUCAACUAUUUAUUUCAUGAAAUUACUAGCCCUCGGCUAUUUUGGCAUUUUUCAUGUGUUUUCUGAGGUAUUUUCAAUGCUUUAGUAAAAACUAUACGUCUAGAAACAGAUUUUUUUAUCUAUGUAUCUAUUUGUAUUUGUUUGUUAUCUAACAAUAAUAGUAGGUCUUCGUUUACGGGCAUAUUCGAAUAAGUUUUCUGAUUUGGAAAAAAUAGAAGAAAAUUUUUUGGCCGUUUUUUUUGGACGACCUGUCCCAUAGAAAAAAAAUUGAAGGAUGAAAAUUUUUUUCUUCUGAUUUUUCCUAAUUAGAACGCGAUACCAAAUAUAUCCUUAAACGAAUCCCAACUAUUUUUAUUACAUCAUGUAUUAUUAUAUCGAUAUGGCAAUAUUACGCGCAUCACUAGUACCAACCAAACAGCGACCGGCGUCAGGCCGUCCCGUCGCGACAACGCUAGUCUAUGGGAAGUGUUCAUUCGGUUAGUUAGGGGAAUGUAUCGAUAUCGAUAGUAGAAUAAUGUAUGUACAUCACUAUGAGAGAAUUCAGUAUGAUUGGUUGAUUCGAUUUAGUAGUAAAAGUAUUUUUUUAGCUGGAUUAAAUUGACAAAUGUAUAUUUAUAUAAUUUAAUAUUUUAGAUAUAACAAUAGGUUAAAACACUAAAACUACAGAUAACUCUCAUUAUUAAAAAUCUUAAAUCAUUGUAUUUCACCUGAAUUAUAUGUUGCAUGAAAAAAACGUAAGUUUACUUCAGCUAAAAAAUUGAUAUUAUUUAAAGCUUUGUACCACGUUCAACCGCGGUAGUAAUCUGCGUGCAGUCGAAAAUGGAACUGUACCUUAACUGAAUGUAGAAUAGAUUAUUUUACCAUAAUCGGUAUACUUUUUUAAUCUUACCAAAUGUUUUUUUUUACGUUUGUGUCUUUGUUAUUCUUUAUGUUGUAAAUUACAACUUGUAACGGACUCAUUGUACAGUCACCGUCAGAUAUAACGGGGCGGCCAUAGUGCUCAAAAAUAUCUGAACAGGUUUGCUCUUUAACGUCUUGAUAUAUGAUUUGUUCCGAUAUUUGUGAACACCUUGGCCGCUUCGAUAUAUUUAAUUAGAACAAUAUGAAAAGUGACUCUUGUAAUAAUUGAAAAUAAGUUUUAAUAUAUUUCUUGAUUUCCUUUUUUAGGUCUGUUAAAACUACUUUUAAAAGAAAUAAAAUUGCAGCAAAGCCGAUUUUAUGAUAGUUAAUUUUGUGCCCUAUUAGCAAUUUAUAUUAGAAAGAUAUUAGGGGAUAUUUAAUAAUGUGUCAUGAAAUUAAAUUAUUUUUAUUACUUAAAUCUUUUUAGAUUACAUUUAAACAUAACUGCAUAUAGAAAAAAUAACUUUCAUUAUAGUUAACUAUAUAGUAGAUCUUAUACUAUUAAACUUUUGAAAGUGGUUUUAAUAUCGCUUAAACGCCUGCAAUUAUUUUCACAUUUCGUUAUAUCGAUACAUUCCCAGUUCGACAAGUAAGAACUAUAAAUAAUACUAGCACAUAGAAAAUUAAAUAAAAAACAUAAAGAGUCACUCGAACCUAGCCGCCGCCAUAACAGACGAAGUUACACUCAUUUUGAAAUGACAUCCUAAUAUAAAAUGAAUUUUGUCAUCAAAUAUCGAA